CCUUUGACACAUCAUAUAUUUAGCCGGGUUUGUUGUUUGGCUCUUUUUGAUCAUAGUCAAAAUUUUUUCUUAACUUUUUCAUUCGAAUUAAAUUCAUACAAAGAUCAAAAUAAUUUCAAAAAAUAAAUAUGCUGCUUCUGCGGACGUUAUUUAUCUUUACCCUGGUGGUUAUAGCUUGUUUGGUAAUAACCGAUGCCCAGAGUAAACAAAAGGGUGGACUCACCAUUUCGGAGAAAGUUCAGAACCUUCUCGACAUGAACAUGAAAAAGUCUCUGCUUCGCUUCAACGGACAAAAGUUCCGCGACUACGUUAAACAAUCGCCCCGCAAUUAUUCUGUGAUAGUGAUGCUCACUGCAUUGGCACCCUCUCGGCAAUGUCAGAUUUGUCGCCAUGCCCACGACGAAUUCAACAUUGUUGCCAACUCCUACCGCUACUCACCGAUCUACUCGAAUAAACUCUUCUUUGCCAUGGUCGACUUUGACGAUGGCUCCGAUGUAUUCCAAAUGCUUCGUUUGAAUACAGCGCCCGUGUUUAUGCACUUCCCGGCCAAGGGUAAGCCAAAAGGUGCCGACACCAUGGACAUCCAUCGAGUUGGAUUUGCUGCCGAAUCAAUUGCUAAAUUCGUUCACGAACGCACCGACAUCCAGAUCCGAGUAUUCCGACCACCGAACUACUCUGGAACUGUUGCUGUCAUCACUCUGGCUGCCUUGCUGGGAGCUUUCUUGUAUCUGCGUAGGAAUAAUCUAGAAUUUCUGUACAACAAACAGUUGUGGGGCUCGAUAGCUGUGCUCUUCUGCUUCGCUAUGAUUUCGGGACAGAUGUGGAAUCACAUUCGUAGUCCACCUCUCGUUCAUAAAAGCCAGAAUGGUGGAGUGGCUUACAUCCAUGGAUCGUCGCAGGGUCAAUUGGUUAUUGAGACCUAUAUUGUUAUGUUCCUUAACGCUAUGAUUGUCCUUGGAAUGAUUCUUCUUACUGAAUCUGGUUGGCAGAAUGAUAUGCGCAAAGGACGCAUCAUGGCAAUUGCUGGCUUAAUUCUCGUCGCAGUAUUCUUUUCAUUUUUGCUAUCCGUGUUCAGGUCGAAAGCACAAGGUUAUCCUUACAGCUUCCUCUUUAAAUAAAUUAAGUGAACGUCAAGUGAAUACCGCUAUUUUCUAUAAGAGUUCCAUCCCAUUUGAACGAAAGGAAGUUUUGUGCGUGUGUUUUUCCUUCUAUUCGAUCACAAAUUCACGAGUUUUUUCUUUUAUAAAGAUGAGUUUUUUUUGCAAUAAAAUUAAAAAAGAUAUAAGCUGGAAAGAA